UAAUUUAUUGUGGUUGUCAGGUAGUUAAUUGUUCACACCGUAGGGCUUAACGGCCAUCUUAUCUCGCCGGAAACAGAUGACACGACGCUGCUACUAAAUACUACGGCCAUUCAGACAUGGCUGCUGCACUUGCCUACCGUCAUAACUUCUUCUUGAGCUCCACAACACCGGAAAAGUACUCGCGAAACCAAGUCUCCGAGCAAAAACCCCACCGGAAGUUUGAUCUCGAAAACGAGCCAGCAUGCUCUGACCGACAACUCAGCCACUCUCAAUCGAAGAAGCUUAAAGCUUCUAGGGGACCACCCAAUUCCUCACACACGAGGGCUCUAGUUGAGACUGUUGUUUCUGGGUCGAUGGAAGACGCAUUCAGCCUGUUCGAGAAAAUGAACCGCUUCGACACAUUUAUUUGGAAUGUCAUGAUCAGAGGCUAUACAGAUAAGGGGUUGUUUCCAGAGGCACUUGAUUUGUAUCAUAGAAUGGAACUUGAAGGGGUUCCUACGGACAAUCUCACAUAUCCGUUUGUAAUCAAAGCAUGUGGUUGUUUGUUGGCAUUGACGCUAGGAGAGAAGAUUCACGGUAAGUUGUUUAAGGUGGGAUUAAACAGGGAUGUUUAUAUUUGCAAUGCUCUUAUUGCUAUGUAUGGGAAGCUUGGACUCGUUGAUUUAGCAUUAAGGGUUUUCGAAGAAAUGCCUGUGAGAGAUUUGGUUUCGUGGAAUUCUAUGAUCGGUGCAUAUUCUCUAGUCAAGGACCAUUUGAACACGUUGAAGUGCUUUCGAGAAAUGUUGGAAAUUGGGAUUCGACCGGAUAAGUUCACUAUAAUAAAUGCGCUUGAUUCCUGCUCUCUGGGAGUUUCUCUGUCGCUGGGGAAGAAAAUACAUUGUAUCGCUGUCAAAUUGGGGCUUGAAUCCGAUGUUAUGGUUCAGACGUCCCUUACUGACAUGUACAGCAAGUGUAGAAAGCUAGAUUAUGCUGAGAGAGUUUUUGACAGAAUAUCUCUGAGAAGUAUUGUGGCAUGGAAUGUAAUGAUUGGUGGCUAUGCACUGAAUGGCCGACCGCUUCAGGCUUUGGGUUCCAUGAAAAAGAUGGUCAAGGCUGAUAAGUUGUCAGUUGAUAAUAUCACACUAAUAAAUUUGCUUCCUUCUUGUGAACAAUUGGGAGCUGUUUUGCUGGGUAAGUCUAUCCAUGGACUUGCUAUUAGGAAAGGUUUUCUUCCUCAUCCAGUUCUAGAAACCGCUUUGCUUGACAUGUAUGGAGAAUUUGGUCUAUUGAAAUUGACAGAGCUAAUUUUUAAUCAAAUGGCAGACAAGAACUUGAUAACAUUGAAUGCCAUGAUUGCUGUGUAUGUAAAAAAUAAGCACUACGUGAAGGCCUUGAAACUAUUUGAAGAACUGAUGAGCGCAAAUCUCAGACCAGAUGCGUUUACCAUUGCAAGCAUCCUUCCUGCCUACGCUGAAUUGGCAUCAUUAAGGGAGGGCAAGCAAAUUCACGGUCAUAUCAUGAAAUUACGAUACCACUCAAAUUCAUUUGUUUUGAAUUCGAUUAUUUAUAUGUAUGCAGGUGUCGGAGAUAUAAGGACAGCAAGGGAAAUUUUUGAUCAAAUGUCACGUAGGGAUAUCAUAUCAUGGAAUACUAUGAUGAUGGCUUAUGCCAUUCAUGGGAUGGGGAAAAUGUCCAUUGAACUUUUCUCAGAGAUGAAAAGACUGGGCAUCCAGCCUAGCGAUAGCACUUUUGUUUCACUGCUAUCAUCUUGUAGCAAUUCUGGCAUGGUUGAUGAUGGGUGGAUGUACUAUAAUUCAAUGAGACUAGACUAUGGGAUAGAGCCCAAGAUAGAGCACUAUGGAUGCAUGCUCGAUCUUAUUGGUAGAACUGGUGAUCUGGAUCAAGCCGUGAGUUUUAUAGAGGCAAUGCCAGUAUUCCCUACAGCUCGGAUAUGGGGAUCUUUAUUGAAUGCAAGCAGAAAUAGAGGAAACAUAGAAUUAGCUGAACUUGCUGCUGAGCACAUAUUUAAAAUAGAGCAUGAUAAUACUGGGUGUCGCGUAUUACUUUCUAAUAUGUAUGCCGAGGCUGGGAGGUGGGAGAAUGUGGAACGCAUAAGAUCUAUUAUGACGAAAGAAGGAUCAGACAGAACAAUGUCUUGCAGCAUAAUAGAGACCAAUCAUACUCUGCACAGGUUUACAAAUGACGACAGGUCUCAAAUUGAGUCUGACACCAUCCAUAAUGUUCGAGAUAUCAUAUCAAGGAACGCUGGUGAUGAAAAUUACAUCUCUAGUCUCACCAAGUUCAAACCAUUAGACAUGGCUAGAAAAAGAGCAAAUUUAUCGGAGAACCAUAGUGUAAGAUUGGCAAUAUGUUAUGGAUUGAUUUCUGCAACAAUCGGAAAUCCUAUUCUGGUGAGGAAAAACACGAGAGUAUGUGAAGAUUGUCAUGUAUUUGUAAAGAAGAUUUCAAAAAAUACCAAAAGGGAAAUUAUACUAGGGGAUUCUAAAGUCUACCAUCACUUCAAAGACGGACACUGCUCUUGUGGUGAUUACUGGUGAUUGCAUCUUACAUGUGCUGCGUAGCAGUAUCGCGACGGUCGUCGAGGUUUCCCAUUAUAUCACUUGAAUCGUUUGUAUAUUCAUCCAUGUAUAGAAAUUAACAAAAUUAGUAAUCAACAGCACCAACCAGUAUCAGUCUUUUGUUAUUUUUUA